UGAACUAACGCAGUUCCGUUUGAACGUAUUUAUAAAGUUUUUUCGUAGGCUGCCUUUGGGAGCCGGUUAAUGAAUAAUAUUUAAUUAAAUAUAUUGAAAAUAAUGCCACAAACACAAGGUUGUUGUGAAACUCCAGGUUGUAAAGCUCCUGCUAAUUUACAAUGUCCAACUUGUUUGAAAAUUGGAAUUCAAGGUUCCUAUUUUUGUACUCAGGACUGUUUUAAAAGUAGCUGGAAAUCUCAUAAAGUUCUUCACCAACUUGCAAAAGGCAAUAACAAAAAUGAAGCAGAAGUAUACAAUCCUUGGCCAUAUUAUAAUUUUACAGGAAAAUUACAUCCAGCACCUAGAGAGCAUAUUCGUAAAGUACCAGAAUCAAUUGCUAAACCAGAUUAUGCUUUACAUCCAACAGGUAUACCAUUAAGCGAACAAGCACUUAAAGGUUCAGCGAUUAUCAAAGUUUUAGAUGAUGAAGAAAUUGAGGGAAUGCGCGUGGCAUGCAAGCUUGGAAGACAAGUUUUAGAUGAGGCUGCAAAGGUAUGUGAUGUCGGAGUGACAACUGCAGAAAUUGAUAGAAUUGUCCAUGAAGCUUGUAUCGAAAGAGAAUGUUAUCCUUCACCUUUAAAUUAUUAUCAAUUUCCAGCAAGUUGUUGUACGUCAGUAAAUGAAGUAAUUUGUCAUGGAAUUCCAGAUAAAAGACCGUUAGAAAAUGGUGAUAUCUGCAAUGUUGAUAUAACUGUUUAUCACAAUGGUUUUCACGGAGAUCUAAAUGAAACAUUUUUUGCUGGAAACGUUAAGCCUGAAAUAAGAAAGCUUGUUGAGGUAACUCAUGAGUGUCUUUCUAAAGCUAUUAAAAUUGUACAGCCAGGAGAAAAAUAUAGAGAAAUAGGAAAUGUUAUUCAAAAACAUGCUCAAGCACAUGGUUUCAGUGUUGUCAGAAGUUAUUGUGGACAUGGUAUUCAUCGACUUUUUCAUACAACUCCAAAUAUUCCACAUUAUGCUAAAAAUAAAGCAAUUGGAGUGAUGAAAGCUGGACAUUGUUUUACAAUUGAACCAAUGAUAUCACAAGGUACAUGGCGUGAUGUAAUGUGGCCUGAUAAUUGGACUGCGGUUACUGCGGAUGGCAUGUGGUCAGCACAGUUUGAACAUACACUUUUAGUUACAGAAACUGGUUGCGAUAUUUUAACAAAAAGACUAUCUAAUGAUGGUAGCCCUUGGUUCAUGGACCGUUCUUAGUAACAUACUUUAAAAAUUAUUUGGUGUAAAUAAAUGAAAAUUUAUGUCAGUAAUAUAAUAUAAAAGCUUAUUCUGACAAAUUCUCUAAUCGAUAUUUGAAU